GCGCUGUGUCGAAGGUGGGCCUCAGCCACGACCGUGUCCGCGCUGUUCCUCGAUACAGGACCGAAUGAUAUGACGUUUUGAAACACCGAUCAUGGGUUUUUAAACAUUUCAUCGCUGCAUCAGACGGCGGAGUCGAGCUGGCUAGAAUAAGCGCCAGGAUUUCAAAAUAAAAGCCCCAAAGUGGCUAUUUUGGAUUAACGUCAACGUAAACCCCCACGUAGGGGAAUAAAAAGCAAUAAUAUGACUCUAAAUUGAGCUGGAUGUUAUCGGACUAGCCACCGCUGCUGCCAAAACACAUUUUUUGUAAUCAAUCGUGUAUUUUAUUUUGAAACCAAUCGGAUGUGGUGUUCCGAUUCCGGAUAGUUUGACAGACGUCGCCGAAUCUCGAGCCGUUUUCGCCGCACGGUGUCUUAUCACACCCAGAGUGUUUAACAAAGAAGAGAAAUGGAUCAUGUUGUACCGCAACUCCGACAGACAACAAUGUAAACAUGGCGCUGUUGCCUAAUGUCAGCGUGGCUCGGCGCAUUAAAAUUGAGCAUAAGGGAAGAAACGACAAUUAUUGGAAGUAAUUGCCCGUUUUUUGUGCAUUUGGAGGGUCCAGUAUGCCGAAGGAACAGCCUUGCUCAAACGAGCACAGUGUUUGUGCUCCAUCCAGCAAGAAUGCUAAAGACAAGAGCAACAGCACGACUCUGAUGGCAAUCCGUAAAAACAAGGAUGCAGACAGCUCCAGUGGACGGGGGUCCCACUGCAGCUCGGAAAAAGACUCUGGCUACUCUGACGCCUCGGAUUGGCAGCAGACAGAUGUGGAUGACCAGCGGACCAACAAAAGCCAGUCCAGAGGCAGCGAGCUUGCAGAAACCUCACAGUCAGGUCAAAACCAAGAAAUUGGGCAAGGGAAUUCUGUGAAUCCUACCCUAAUGGCAGCAGGCCAUCAACUUUCACCCAUUUACAUCAUGAACAACAUGGUGCUCAAGCAGGACAUGAUCCAGAAAACAGGUCAGCUGCCCCAGAGGAAUGGAAGCAGGAAGACCAGCAGUACUAAUGCCCACAUGAUCCUUUUACAACAGCCCAACUUGUUGCUGGCCACCCUCCAGCUCCACAAGCCCUCGUCCUGGAAGUCCAGCGUCACAGGGAAGAAAAUGAAUGGCACUUACCUACCAAUUCUCAACUCCUACCCCCGCAUUGCACCACACCCCAGCAAGAAGACGCCUGAUAAAUCUUCAUCCAAUAAUGAAUCCCAGAAUCUGAGCAAGAGGGUGUGCACUGAGCAUAAGAAUGAUGACACACUUGUGAAUCUAGCUGAGCAGCACCUUAAUAAGCAACCCAAAUUAGCAGUCCUAACCUCUGGGCUGCCACAUUCACCCUCAGCCAGAGAUAGUCAGUCCUCUUCCAGUUCCAUGAUGGUCUCCUCCAGCUGGGGCUCCACAUCUGGCUCCUCCAUCUCAACCAGAGCGCUUCACAGACACGGCAGCAGCAGCAGCAGCGGCAGCAGCAGCAUUCGCCAUCGCCGUUUCCUCAACACAGUAGAUAUCCUCCGACAAUCAGGUCUGCUGGACAUUACGCUGCGCACAAAGGAACUGCUGCGCCAGAGCAACACCACAGAGCGAGACAUUGCCCAGCUGCGCCAGCACACGGAGCUACUGUGCCAGGCUGCCAGCAACCCCACCUGCAGCCUUAACGGUCUCACAGCCUGGGAGCAUGUACACCGAACCAUGGCAGAGUCUGGCAGCUACCCCAACCUUAAAAUCCUGCAAAAUGUACAAAUCCAAGAACCACCAAUUUUUUCCACCGGUGACACCAAAGACCCACUAUCUGCUGAGAGCUCGGAGGGGCCGCCUUCACACUUUUUCACUACCAUCCCAGAACCAAAUCAGACCUGUCCUGUGCCACAGCAGUCUCACUCAGGACAAGGCAGGGAGCUUGAGGCGGGUUUUAAAUCUUUAGAGAAAGUCACCUUCAUGCCUCCUGAUAGUUCUACUGGUUAACACAAUCUGCAGUGCCUUUUAAAGGGGGAGUACUCAGGGCUGGCCAGUGGAAGAAUAGUAGUUAAUUUGGAUAUCAUAUGUAGAUUUAAUGGUUUAUCCCUGGUCAUUUAAACCUACUUCUAUAGGAAUAAUAUAUCAGCUGAUCUAUUAUACAGUAUUAUCAAAGAAUAGCUGACAAAAAAGCUUUGCUAAUUCAAUGUCAAAUCCUGUUGUUUUGUUAUUUAUUAUAAAGCAAAAUCAGGAAAUGUUGGACUGUUACCAGCAGCACUUAAAUCAGCUCCUAUACAGAUGACAGCAAGCUUGAUGAAAGAGUAAAACAGCAGGUGUCUGAAAGUCCCAACAAAGAAACAGGAAAGAAACUAAAUUUCAUUUGGUUAAAAGUUACAAAAGUACAGAGAGCUUAACACACAAGUGUUUUAAAAAACGUCUUUCUGUCUGGUCUCUUGCACAGACUUAUACUGAGUAUUGAAGAGGGGUCAUUGUUGGCGGGGGGUCACUGUCAUGAGACAUCACUGCAGGGAAGGGUGGACGGGCUUUGGCCCCACUCUGGAGAUGUCAUGGCUCGGCUCAACCUUCACAGUUAAACUGGUAAUAGAAAUGCAAAUCAGCAUGGCAUGGUUUGACCGGGUUUGACCAAAAGUGCCAAUGAAAAAGCCCCAUUUCAUAUCUAAAAGAUGAUCCUUAAUUAAUGCACUCAAGUGCGAUUCAAUCCUGAGGCACCAUCUUUAUUUCACAUUGCCUCUGCAGACUUUUAAAGGCCACACAGAUGAAUGGAGGAGCUUGUGCAUGUGAGCCACUUAAAGGAUUAUGUGAAAAUAUAAUGCGUUGCUCUGGAGGCAGAGGAAACAGACACAGGUGGCACUUAAUGCAUGGAUGAACCACGGUAUGUGUUAUCUGUUGAGUUGGUCAUUUCACUGUCAGACCAGCUUAAUUCAGGGAAAAGAUCCAUCUCCUGGUAGGUAAAUGUCUCUUCUGACCUGCUUUACCCGAGAGGGAUCCCAGCAGUCCAAACGCGGCGAUAAACAGGACUGCGGCUUUCAAAUCAACGCAGCUGAAGCUCAAGGCUCCCACAAUCCCGAGGCUCAGCUGGUGUCAGUUUCUCUGUAACGUCACAAAGUGCACUACACUGGACUGCUGCAAGGACUUCUAUCCAAAUACUUUUCAGCGAAGCCUUAAAAACUCUCUUUCACUUGGUAUUGUUUUGCAUUCCCAGGACACAACCUUCACACGUCACGCACUCAUUGGGUUCACUGAAGCCUUUGUUUGGUUUAAAAAUAAAGACUGUAUGAAUCUCCGAGAUAAUCAGUUAUCAUAUUCCCUCUCAUGCACCAGCUUUGUUGUCUGCUUUUACUCUUUUCUCUUAUUUUGCACCAAACUUUUUAAUUGUUGUUAUGUGUUCAUCUGUUUUUAGAUGGGUUGAUGAUGUCAUGGAGAGAGAGAUGUGAAUAUGGGAGAGUUUGACAGCGUUUAAGUAUAGAAGUAUGUCGGCCUAGUGGUUAAAUGAAUGUGGUAUGUGUUUGAUUUUUUUUUUUCCUUCAAUUUCUUUGUGCUUGUGCCAGCCAUGCACAUAUUUCAGAAAUUAAAAUUGGUUUAUAUGGUA